ACAAAAUAAGGUGCAAGCAUCUAAGCAUAGUUCUUUUGGCUUCUACUCGAGCAGGACACCGGAGGGAUAAGCUUUUAUUACGAAAAUUUUAUUACCCAUUUGAAAAAUCCCUAAUUCCCAUUUCCCUUUCAGGUUCCUGAUGAGAAUUAUCGGUUUCGAUAGGGGAGUGAUUGAAGAAGCAGCUUUCUUUGGUUUAAGGGGCUAAGAUGCCAUCUGGGUUCCUCGUGAAGCUGAAUUUUGGAUUUACGACGGCUAUAAUUGCUAGAAAUUCAGCUUCUUUAUUAUCCAAUAACCCUGCUCGAUUUUCAGUAAAGCGUUCUCUUGGUGCAUAUUCUAUGGCUGCCUCUAGUUCUAAGCCUGUGUUUGGUGAUGUUCAUAUUGAUGAUAUUAUUACCACUUGUGGAAAUGUAUUGGAAUUUUCGAAACCUAGCGGUGUUUAUUUCGCGGAUAGAAGUCGAGCCACUUGCCUAAAAGCGAGCAUGAGAAUGAGAAAUGGGGAGCUGCCUAAUAGUCGUCUGAUUUGUGGGUACUCUUCGUUUGAUGCGAGUAAUUUUGUUCUUGGACCAUUUUCGAAAAACUUCCAUACCAUGCCUUCUUCGCAAUUCUCUGCUGGGGCUGCUCGUGAUGUGUCAUUUGAUGGGAAUUCUCGUGAGGAACAGCUGGGAAACUCCACUGUGGUAUCUGGCCAAACCUUGAAGCUACUCUCAGGAUCAUGUUACUUGCCACAUCCUGAUAAGGAAGAAACACGUGGGGAAGAUGCUCACUUUAUAUGUGCAGAUCAACAAGCCAUUGGUGUGGCAGAUGGAGUAGGCGGCUGGGCAGAUGUAGGAAUUAAUGCAGGAGAAUAUGCAAGGGAGCUUAUGUCUAAUUCGGUAAGUGCAAUUCAAGAGGAGCCCGUGGGUUCAGUAGACCCAGCCAAGGUGCUAGAGAAGGCACACUCGAGCACAAAGGCUAAGGGUUCGUCAACAGCCUGCAUCAUUGCCCUUACAAAUGAGGGAAUACAUGCUGUUAAUCUAGGAGACAGUGGAUUUAUGGUAGUCAGAGAUGGAUGCACUGUAUUCCAAUCCCCGGUGCAGCAGCAUGGCUUCAAUUUUACAUACCAACUAGAGAGUGGCAGCAGUGGUGAUCUACCCAGCUCUGGCCAGGUUUUCACAUUUCCUGUUUCUCCGGGUGAUGUAAUAAUUGCUGGAACAGACGGAUUAUUUGACAACUUGUAUAACAAUGAGGUUACUGCUGUUGUUGUUCAUGCGGUAAGAGCUGGGUUAGGGCCUCAAGUAACAGCCCAGAAGAUUGCAGCUUUGGCACGUCAACGGGCACAAGAUAGGAACCGACAAACACCUUUUUCUUCUGCUGCUCAAGAUGCUGGAUUCCGCUACUAUGGUGGCAAACUUGAUGAUAUCACUGUUGUUGUGUCAUACAUAGCAAUCUCUAACAAAGUGUGAUCAGGUCUUGGCUGCAACCAAUUUCUUGUGCCUUAAUGCAUGCACUCUUUGAAUGGCUGGAAAAGCCCUGUAGCUGUCCUUGUGCCUAGAAACCUAGCAUAGCAAGCCAUUUAUUAAUGCUUACGUGUAUCUUUGAUCACUCUUUUUUAAUUGAUGAAACACUGAAUCUUUGAUCACUCAAUUUUUUAUUAUUGAAGCUGUGUGCCCCUUUUCCCCGCCUUCUUACCUAA